GAAGAAGUAAAGCAAUUCAACCUUUAGUAAACACGGUGUUGCAUUGUUUACCUUUUCAUUUAGAAUUACAGAAUUAAUCAUGUCUUCUGACCCACAGCAAUUCCAGUUUUGCUCUAUAUGUCAUGCAAGUCAUACUGGAGGUAAAAAACACGUCUAUUCCAAGAAACAUAAAUUGUUUCUAGAUAAGGCAUUGCAGCGGUUUGAUGAGAAACUUUCUCUGUGUAGAAAAGCAAUUGAGAAUCCAUCUGUGAUAAAUUUAUGCAAUGAAAAGAUGAACCUGCAAAAUGUUUGGUGCUAUUUUUGUUCUGUUGAAAUUGAGAGACAUUCAGUAAAUGGUAAUUUCCUCAUCAUGGAACAUAACCUAUUGGCUCACCUAACAACAGAACUUCACAAAACCAACACAAGACUGUUCUUUCAGAAAAAUUUUUUGAAGAACUAUAAUAAAUAUAUUUUUACAGAAAAAGAAUUUGAAAGACAUAAUGAAUCUGUGCUGAAGGCAACUAAAGAUCUUGAAAAACAAUUCCAGACAGAAAUUUUUGUGAAAAUGCAAGACAUACAUAAAGCUGAGUUACAUAAGUCUUCCGUUGCUUCUCAUGUUCCUGAGGCUAAGAACAUUACAAGGCAAUCAUUAAAACCAGAUGUUACAUCACACACAUUACCACAAUUCAAGAAGACCAUCGCAGCAUUUGGUGAUGGCCUAACUCUUAUUAAAAUGAAGAAGAAUGUAAACAUUCCCAAUGUACACAGCGGGGGUUUGCCACCCUGGAUGCAAGUGUCUGACAACUCAACAGAACAUCAAGUAAUCGGCCCUAGUAUAGUAGACUAUCAGAAACACUUAACCGAUGUCAGGAUGUCUAAGUUGCCAAAAGAACGUGUUGGAGCCAACUUAAGCAAAGAAAUAUCUGUGAAUGCUCAGUGGUUGCCUUCCUUUGGUUGUGUCUGGAACAACCGUCGCAGACUUGAUACAAAGCAUCAAUUCUUGAAAAAGAAGGCAAAUAUGUUUGGUAAAAGACCAAUGAAAACAGGAAAGUCAGCAACAGCAGUAGCAUCAACAGGAGCACCACAAUCCAGAGUGUCUGGCAAAAAAGAUGUCCAUCCAGCCGUAGUUUCUGUGAAACCUUAUAAGAAAAAGAGAUGUGUAACUUAGUUGAAUGGUCAGGCUUAGCACAUUUGCAUUUAAACUGGCCAUACAUAUCCAGUCCAAAUAUAUUUACUCGUUUUACAUUCAAACUGGCUAAAUCUGGAAUCUCUCACCUACCCUACAUGGAGUCCUCAAAAUAAACAUCAUUGAGAUCUCAAA